AUGCAUCCAAAUCGAAACCUCGGGUUUUAUCCUAACUUAAGAGAUGAAAACCUCAAUAAACCUCCAGGCUAUGAUCCUGAUGGAUAUGCGAAACAUUUGAAUCCUUCUGCUGAAUUUUACAACCCUCAAGUCUACAGACCUCCACCAUCAAAUUUUUAUUUGUCAGCUAAUGAGUUUGUGCCCAACUUUUAUAGAUCAGAAGAAGAAUUUCCAAAAUUAUCCCAGCCAAAAUUUAUAGUCCAGGACGCAUUAUAGAUCGUCUAGGGUUAUGACUUGAUGCUUCACUUCUCGGAGUUUAUUUUGCUCCAGAAGUUAUCAAACCAACUCCAUGAGUUGGCAAAUACCAACUAUAGGCGUGUUUAUCAGCUCGUGGAGUUGGUUUGGCAAUUUCUGGGUCAAAACCAACUCCGCAGAGUGAAACGAAAAUUCAUAGCUCUGGACGAUCUAUAAUGCGCCUUGAGCUAUACCAAAUUUUCAGGCAGAAGAAUUUUAUCCUCCAGGAUUUUCGCAAUCUCAAGUGCAGCCCAAAACACUGAAAGCACCAAACCCCAACGCAGUCAGUUUUGUGCCUCUGAGUGUUGCGCCAAGCCCACCUCCUGCUGUAAUAACUCCGCCACAGCCAGCUCCUGACAGUGAGGAAAUCGUAUAUGGGGUAAGAGGAAUUUUAUCUUUACAAAAAGAUACUACAAGUGACUUGCAUAUGCUUGCGAGAGGAAGGGACCUGACGAAACUUGGACUGAAUAUGAAAUCCUCAGAAACGCUGUCUUCAGUAUUACCAAGCGUUUUUCAAGAUGGAGACCUUGAAGCAACAGAGCAGCCAGAAUUUUCGCUGCCGUCGUGCUAUUAUAUAAGCAAGCCAAUACUGAGGAUGAAAAUGUUUGGGAUCUUUGAAAUAAAAACGCUUUUUUAUAUUUUCUAUAUACUUUCUACGAAAAGAAUAGCCAUUUUAAUUAUAUGCAAAUAUUUCAAGAAAUAGAAUAGAGCCUGGUAUAACAUGCCAGGAGAAAUGCUGCAAGCCUUGUCAGCAGAAGAGUUAUAUAAAAGAGAUUGGCUAUAUGACCCUAAUGCGCAGAAAUGGUACUCAGGAUUUGGAAGCAGCUGGAAAACUUUUGAUGCAGGAAGCUGGGAGAUUCUGCAGUGCAACUCUCCAAACACAAUUUUCUUAUCGAAAGAUGAUGUUAGAGUAAAGCGAGCCUCAGCCUAG